AGUGCCGGAAUAGCCCACAAUUGUAUUUCGGAGUGGAAAAGUUUCCAACCGAUCUCGCCUGACAAACCCCUGAUAUUGAAGCACUAACUGGUCUCCCAGAGAGGGCAGACCUGUGCUGGAGGCUCGGAGGGAGCCGGCUGGAGAGUCCGGGAGAUGUUCGUACCUGAGCCGGCCUCCGGAGUGUACAGAGACCCGCGGCAACUUCCACUCGGGAUGGGCUGGACAGUUCAGCUUGUGUUGGGGGUCGUCCUGCUCUCCACCAUCUCAGCUCUCAACACUGAUAAGGUAUCAAGACAUAAUGUCAACAACAUAGCCAAAAGCUUUGCUGGUAAAUUUGGAAUUCAGAGGAACAAUAAUGUGAACAGGAUCAAUAACUCACAGCAGAACAUAUCAGAAUUUUUACCAAGAUAUGGACUUAAUAUUACGCACAUCUCGCAACCUUCAGUCAUCGAAGUGAGAGUCUCUGAUACAGCAAAACUGUACCUAAUGGGUUCCUGGACAACUAUAGUGAUUCCUUUUAUUUAUACCUUUGUGUUUACUGCAAGCUUGCCUCUCAACCUACUGGCAAUCUUAAUAUUCACCCUGAAAAUGCAAUUGACAAAACCAGCUGUAAUUUACAUGAUGAACUUGGCAUCAGCAGAUCUGUUAUUUGUGCUGAUGCUGCCUCUAAAGAUCACUUACCAUUUUUCUGGCAAUAACUGGGCAUUUGGCUCUUUCCUCUGCCGAUUGGUUACUGGUGGUUUUUAUGCGUAUAUGUACUGUUCAGUGCUGCUGAUGAUGUGCAUCAGUAUUGAUCGAUUUCUCGCUGUAGUCUAUCCAAUACGAUCUGCUACCUGGAGGACCCGGGGGCGUACAGUUGUAAUUUGCCUUGUGGUGUGGCUUGUAGCUAUUGGUGGUGUCCUACCACUUUUCCUUACUGAGCAAACAGUGUAUGUCACUGAGCUGGGCAUUACAACCUGCCAUGAUGUGUUACCCCUCUCCACCUUACAGAGCUACUCUGUCUACUAUUUUCCCACUUUGUGUUUUCUGCUCUUUGUAAUUCCCCUGCUUGUGACUUCAGUCUGCUAUAUAUGUAUUAUCUCAACCCUUCAUUCAGCAAAUGAGACAAUCCAGUCUGGAAAGUCACAUGGUUCUUUUCUUGCAAUAAUUGUGCUUUCUGUGUUUAUUGUUUGCUUUGCACCAACAAACAUCAUCUUGCUCGUACACUAUCUUCAUUUUUAUCUUGCAGCAAGUGAUUCGCUCUAUUUUGCAUACAUGCUGUGUGUGUCUAUAGGCAGUAUUAGCUGUUGCCUUGACCCUUUGAUUUAUUAUUAUGCCUCAUCAAUCUUUAAGAGCCGAUUACAAAAUCUCCUUUAUCCUACGGAGUCUAACAGUAGUCAAAAUAAAAGACAAGCAAUUCCCAAUCAUUGUAAUUACACAAGAGUUGUUAACACAAAUUAAUCAAAUGAUGUAUAUGUGCUAAUUUAUUUUUGAUAAUGUUACAAAAUAAAACUGAUUUAUGGAUAGCAAUAGGCAGCUGGAAGAAGUCCAAUUCAUCUGUGUUGGCCUUCAUACUCCUUUCUCUGUGUGUACCUGUGGACAUAGCUUUUAGAAAUAUCGCUGAAUGAACUUGAGACUUAAUUUUGUGAUGAUUCUAAUAAGCUCUGUGUUUUAACCUUGACAAGUUUGGCUUAUACCUCUGUUAAAUUCAGACCACAUUAUUAUGAGUAAUUCAAUUAUUGACAAUUGCUGAUGUUAUAGGCAUAUUGCCCAUAUGCCACAAAGUAAUAACCCACAGACUGAACCAAAUUAAAUUGCUAUCUAAGAACCAAAGAGAAGAUAACCAUAGUCUAGUUUGCUCAUGAUACUGCUUUUAAAGCUGUGGUCACAUAAAUUCCAUUCUGUUGUGUGUCCUCAUUCUGCCGUCCUUUUAAGUUUGUGAUUCAUAUGGAUUGUAAUUCAGUCAUGAAUUUCAUCAUCAGCUGCAAAAAUCACUCACUUUAUGUUUUGAUGGAA